CUGGCACCGCUUUCCCAGGCUGCCCCGCGCGCGCGCGCCGACAGUUCGGCCACGUCCCUGGCCACGUCGCGGCCGCUCUCGCCAUCUUCGCCGCUUCCUCUCAGGGGCUGCUGCUCCCUGAGCCGCCGAGCUCCGGGGCCGCCGCGCUGCGCCGACCGCCGCCAUGAACAUAUUCCGGCUGACCGGGGACCUGUCCCACCUGGCGGCCAUCGUCAUCCUGCUGCUGAAGAUCUGGAAGACGCGUUCCUGCGCGGGUAUUUCUGGGAAAAGCCAGCUUCUGUUUGCACUGGUCUUCACAACUCGUUACCUGGAUCUUUUUACUUCAUUUAUUUCAUUGUAUAAUACAUCUAUGAAGGUUAUUUACCUUGCCUGCUCCUAUGCCACAGUGUACCUGAUCUACCUGAAAUUUAAGGCAACCUACGAUGGAAAUCACGAUACCUUUCGAGUGGAAUUUCUGGUGGUCCCUGUGGGAGGCCUCUCGUUUCUAGUCAAUCAUGAUUUCUCUCCACUUGAGAUCCUCUGGACCUUCUCCAUCUACCUGGAGUCUGUGGCUAUCCUUCCGCAGCUCUUUAUGAUCAGCAAGACUGGGGAGGCUGAGACCAUCACCACCCACUACCUGUUCUUCCUGGGCCUCUAUCGUGCUUUGUAUCUUGUCAACUGGAUCUGGCGCUUCUACUUUGAGGGCUUCUUUGACCUCAUUGCUGUGGUGGCCGGCGUAGUCCAGACCAUCCUAUACUGUGACUUCUUCUACUUGUACAUUACAAAAGUACUCAAGGGAAAGAAGCUCAGUUUGCCAGCAUAAGUGCCAAAGACCAUCACCAGCAUCUGUCCUUCAGGGUGCUUGGACAGAUUUCUUACCACAGCAAAGGCAUAAGAUGCUUGAUACGGAAAAUCAGAAACUUAACUCUUUUGUUGCAGAUAGUCAUCAGUGGCUCUGUAAGAAUGCAGAGGAGAAGAGCCAGAAGGUUUCUGUUUAAUGCAUCUUGCCUUAUCUUUUUUUAUUACUGUGUACAAAGAUUUUUUUACACAAAGAAACUUAAUGCUGUAUUAAUAAAUUCAGUGUGUAGCUUCAAUUGGGAUAGUUUCAAAAGUGAAGAUUUUUGUGAGGAAUAAGUGCAAAUGUUCUUUUUUUAUUUUAAAAAAUUCUUUGAAACUGUUGAGUCUUUGUGUCUGCAAUGAAAUUGUACUCCUUGACAGUUGGUAGAUUAUAUAUUCUUCCACCUAUCAAAA